ACUUUCGUUGUAAUCUCAUGCUUUUUGUGAUAUAUCGGACUAAGAUUCAGCGAAGGGAAGAAAAAGCAACAUUUAGGUUUUGAAUGGAAGGAGGGUGAUGGAGUGUCUCUCAUUGGCUGAGGUGUCAUGGUGGAGGAAUUAGCAUAAAGGGGGGCAAAGUGUUGAAGGGAUCCAGUCAGGUUGUUGGUGCUGAUGUCACAUCUCCGUGAACAGAGAGGAGGAGGGCGGAGGGGACCAAAAAUAGCGGGUUAAUGUGGUCCAAUGGCCAGGAAGGCAGCACUGGUGCUGUCAGAGCUGAGCGCCAAAGUGCCACAGGUGAUGAAGGCUGCGAGGAUGGAAGUCUCCAGGCGUCCCAGCCGCGUAAAGCCUGCCUGCACGGUGCACGGUGCCGCGUAAAAAAAGAAAAGACAACUCUUGCGGAGGACCGUCAAACAUGGGACGCGCUGAGGAAGCUGAGGGCUGUGAUCUUCACCGCACACUUUACGCACAAGCGAGGUGAGGACGGCGUCAAGGUAUGACACGUCAGAGGCGCUGAGAGAAGCACAAUCCUGCACAAUUCUUAACGUUAAAGACUCACCAAAAGAAGAAGAAGGAGAAGAAGAAGCACAACACCAUGAAUGCUGAGGGUGGAUCAUCCGGGCUGGCCAAGUCCGCCGCCGUCAAGCUGUCCGAGAUGGGCGCCCGCACCAAGCAGCUGGGCACCGCCAUGAGAGACCCGCACCAGCAGAGGCGCAUCAUCCUGGUGAUUGUGUGCGUGGCUCUGCUCCUGGACAACAUGCUCUACAUGGUCAUCGUGCCCAUCAUCCCGGACUAUCUGGCCGACCUGGAGAGCGAGCAGGCGGAGCACGUCCACGUCGUCUUGCACCCCAACAGCACGGUGGGUAACAGCAGCAGCCAGGACGCAAGCAACAGGAACAACCUGGAUAUCCAGAUCGGGGUUCUGUUCGCGUCCAAAGCCAUCCUGCAGCUCCUCGUAAACCCCCUCAGCGGGACCUUCAUAGACAGGGUCGGCUACGACAUCCCGCUUCUAAUUGGGCUGACGGUGAUGUUUCUGUCAACUUGUAUCUUCGCUUUCGGGGAGAACUACGCCACGCUGUUCGCCGCCAGAAGCCUGCAGGGUCUCGGCUCGGCGUUCGCGGACACCUCGGGCAUCGCUAUGAUUGCCGACAAGUACACGGAGGAGGCGGAGAGGAGCCGGGCGCUGGGCAUCGCGCUGGCAUUCAUCUCCUUCGGGAGCCUGGCGGCGCCUCCAUUCGGCGGGGUGCUCUACGAGUUCGCGGGCAAGCGGGUGCCCUUUCUGGUGCUCGCUUUCAUCUGCUUGGUGGACGGCUUCCUCUUCCUCACCCUCAUCCGUCCCUUUUCCAACAGGACUCGAGAGAACAUGCCGGUAGGCACCCCCAUCUACCGGCUCAUGAUCGACCCUUACAUAGCGGUGGUGGCCGGCGCGCUGACGGUGUGCAACAUCCCGCUCGCCUUCCUGGAACCCACAAUUUCCAACUGGAUGGAGACCACCAUGCAUGCCACUCAGUGGCAGAUGGGCCUCACCUGGCUCCCGGCCUUCUUCCCCCAUGUGUUCGGCGUGUACAUCACCGUCAAGCUGGCUGCGCGUCACCCGAACCUGCAGUGGUUCUACGGCGCGCUGGGCAUGGUCGUCAUCGGGGCGAGCUCGUGCAUGGUGCCGGCGUGCAAGACCUUCGAGGAGCUCAUCAUCCCGCUGUGCGGCAUCUGCUUCGGCAUCGCACUGGUGGACACCGCGCUGCUACCCACGCUCGCCUUCCUGGUGGACGUGCGCCACGUGUCCGUCUACGGGAGCGUGUACGCAAUCGCGGACAUCUCCUACUCGGUGGCCUACGCCAUGGGUCCCGUGGUGGCCGGCCAGAUCGUGCACAACCUGGGCUUCGUGCAGCUCAACCUGGGCAUGGGUCUGGUCAACGUGCUGUACGCGCCGGCGCUGCUGCUGCUGCGCAACGUGUGCCAAAUGAGGCCGUCCUACUCGGAGAGGGACACCCUGCUGGAGGAGGCUCCGCAGGGGCUGUACGACACCAUCCGCAUGGAGGAGAGGACGGCCAAGAAGAAGGGCUACAGCUCGGCGGGGAACUGCCUGCCGGUGGACGAGAACGGCUUCGACGCCUUCAAAGCACAGCGGUCCCAGUCCGAGGAGUCGUCCGGGCCGGACUUCACUUGAGGCGGGUGCACCUCGUUAAAGACACCACCACCCCUUCCCGUGGUGAAAAUUAACACGUCAAUGUGCAAUACAAAACACCCAAUCACCAAAAUCACAAUUCUGUGUCAACCACUUUCAUUUCUUUUCUCGGUUGUGGUUUUAUUGUGUCCAAGUCGAUGUUCGUCGAGGAGUGUUUGUGUGACAUCAGCAUUUGUGUCUAUCAAUUAUUGUCAUGUAUAAAUAGAUAAAUGUGGGACCAAGUACAGUAUCAAGAGCACACACAAAAAAACAAGCCUAUAUUUGUAGUCUUCUGGAGAAACAAAACUUUUUUUUACUUAUUAAAAAACGCCACAUUUGAGUAUUUUGUUGGUGGAACUUAAUUACAUUUUUAACAAAAAGGCCUGUCCGUUUUCUCAUAUUUUCUUCCUGUUGUUUGGAAUUAAAAGUAUCAUCAGCACAACUGGGUUUGUACAUAUGUGGAUAGCACAAACAUGCACAAUGUAAAGAAA